UUAAGUGCUUAAGUGUACGAAAGUUGCUGUUAACCAACAGAGAAAAAUCUGAGAAAGCACAUUUUAAGGAUUCAUCUUUCUUGCUUGCAGAAUGACCGACAAUACGACUCUUUCUCCUCCCUCCAACUCUAAAAUCUCAACCGACUUUGAGAAAACGACAGUGGAUAUGGUCUUUUACGCUAUCAUCGUUCUCCUCGGCACCACCGGGAACUCUGUGGUCAUCUGGGUGGCUGGUUUCUGCAUGAAACCCAACGUCACCAAUGUUUGGUUGGUCAACCUUGCAGUAGCAGAUCUGAUCUUCAGCAUGACAAGAAUCAUUUCACUCAUCAAAAAUCUUUUCUUUGAUUACUGGCCUUUUGGAAUUUUUCUCUGCAAGUUCAAUGGUUUCUUCAAGUACGCCAACAUGUUCUGCAGUGUUUUUCUUCUGGCUGUCAUUAGUGUGGAUCGAGUGCUCUGCGUCUGGCGUCCGGUGUUCACCAGGAAACGACGGACAGUAUGUGCUGCUCGUGUGGUCAGUGUGGGAGUUUGGAUCGUGGCUGUGAUCUUUAGUUCUCCAUACUUUGUUUACCGGGAGGUCUUUGUGCGUUCGAACAACUUGAGUCAUUGCUCACUGGGGGGUAAAGAUGGUGCUGAGGGUGGCAAUUUGCCAAAGUACGUCUACUACUUUGUUCGUUUCAUCUGUGGAUUCCUGUUGCCCUUUCUGGUCAUCUUUAUCUGCUACACACUGGCUGCUAUUGGGAUCCGCAGAACGAGAUUCUCCGGCAAAUCAAGACCUCUUCGCAUUCUUGCUGUUUUGGUCUGUGCCUUUUUCCUAUGCUGGGCUCCAUAUCACUUUCUAGGGCUGGUCAAAUUGGUGAAUAAAGACAAUGAGGUGGUAAAAAUAGGAUGGAAUAUGGCUUCAAACUUAGCCUAUUUCAACAGCUGCAUUAACCCAAUCUUGUACUUCUUCAUGGGACUGGAUGUUAGUCGACGAUGCAACCAAAGUUUGUCUGGGAUUUUUCAUAGAGCACUUAUGGAGGAAGGCCAAAGUCUAUCCCAGCAAGGAACUGAAGAAAGCUGUAAUUCUUUUCCAAAGACUGCAGGUGAUGAGUGUGUCGCUAAAAUUUAGGCGUUUUCACUCAUUUUCCUUUAUUUUCAGGGUGCGAAUUACAGGGGGGUUUGGGGAGGAUUGACGCCCUUAAUUAUUGCUUGAUCCCCCCUGAAGGACAUCAAAACAAGAUGUAUGGGGGGUCAGCCCUGAAAUAGUAAGAAAUAACUUUCUCCAAUCUCUGAUUUUUAUCUGAAAUAUUAAUAAUUAUAAAUAGAAAUAUACAUUUGACCCCCUAGAACUGAAACAGUUCUAGAGCACUGAUAGACAUCUUAAGUGUUCACAAAACAUGUUUAUUGUAAAAUAGGUGUUUUUCAGUAACCUCUUAAAUAGUCACUAAUACCCUCAAAACACUGAAAAUGUAUACAUUUUAUUAAUAAACGACAUGUAAUUUAAAUACAUUCAAACAUUUAUUUCACUGAAGCAUGUAGCCUUUUAAUUGCCUACUACCGAAAAAGUCGAGCCCCCUGAUUGUCCAUGUAUAAUUCGCACCCUGCUUAUUUUGUCAGAAAAAUGUAGGAUUAAUUUGUCGGGACAAUGCAAAAUACUAUUAAAUAUUAAUAUCUUGAAAAUAAAAGCAUUUUUUGAAAGUAGGAAAGUGUAAAUUAAUUGUGGGUUUAUCUGAAUUCUGUUUUUAUUUCUUCUUUUUUUCUUGGAAUGUUUUUUAACACUGGAAUAAAUGUGAAAAAAAAACUCCUCAUGCAUUUUCUUUUUAUAAUUAUCAGUAAAAAAGAUGACACCAUGUUUUUUUCAACUGAUAUUUUUUUGUUAAGAUGAAUCAGGAAACCAUAAGACAUUGCAGAUCAAACUGAAAUAAAUCAACUUCACCGGUUGUUGAAUAAACACUGUGAAUAAUCAUGUAAACAAAAGAUCCUCUGAGAAAUGUAAUUUAGCAAUUCUAGCGUUG